UAAAUCCCAAUGCAGCAGAAUUUGUUCCUUCAGCACUUAGAUCUACAUUUGGGAACAGCAAAAGUGCAGAUGCAACUAAGAUUGAUGUACCUGGGCCUUCUGGAAAAGCAGUCCUAAAUCAUUGUGAGUCCAGUAUUUCUAAUAAUUCAGAUGAUGAGGCACAUCAGUUUUGGUGUCACCAGCUUCCUGAUGAUAUUACUCCUGACUUUAAGGUCAUGGGAGAAGAUGAGUUGCAGAUCCCUGGACAACUGUCACUUGCUGGUUUGUCCAUACACGAUGGUAUUGAAACUUCACAAUUCUCUGCAUCAGCAUCAAGCCAGUUACUGGGUAUACAACAGGAUAUAUUGGCCUGUGGUAUUGAUAAUCUCAACUUGAGUGAAAAGACAGGAUAUUCUGGGUCUGCCUAUGCUGAAGCUCAGCCAUCAGCUUCUUUCAUGGCAUUGGCUAGCGAGAACUGGAACCAACCAUAUAUAAAUGGUAACCAGCAUUUUAUGAAUGGAAGGGAGGGGCAUGACUACAAUGGGGAUUACAGUAAUGGCUAUCUGAAUAACUCAUCAGAAGAUGCUGUUUUAGAGGAUGGUGCUAUCGACCCUGUGGAUUUUUUGGUUUCACAGUUUCCAGGUUUUGCUGCUGCGAGCCUUGCAGAUGUGUACUAUGCAAAUGGCUGUGACUUGAACUUGACCAUUGAGAUACUCACUCAACUUGAGAUGGAAGUUGAUUGUGAUUUUGGUCAGAACCUGAACUCAAAGGCUUCAUCUGCUCCAAGCCUUAGCAUGCUGGACUUUCCAGCACUUCCUCUGGCAGAGUCAAAGUAUAGUGAAGAAGGGCUUCAACAAUCUCAAAACUCAUAUAGAUCUCCCAGUAUAUCUAGUGGAAAUAUUGAUUUUGCUUCAGCCGUCCGAAAACUUGCCUCCCAGGAUUCUGGUCAUUGGAAGUAUGAUAGAAGUGGUUCUGCAGAUGGCAAUGUUGGCUCAAGUAGAGAUUCACAACGUUUAACCAGCCAAAACAGUGGUAACAGAAAAUUGGCUUUUGGAGAUAAAUUGCGUAAUUCUGGUGCAGCUCAGGCAACUCCAGUUUGGCUUGAGACUGGGGAAGCAGUAGCAAAUAUGUAUUCAGAAUUAAGGGAAGAAGCUCGUGAUUUUGCACGCCUUCGAAAUGCAUGCUUUGAACAGGCAAGACAGGCUUAUUUGAUUGGCAACAAGGCUCUGGCAAAGGAACUGGGUGUAAAGGGGCAGCUGUACAACAUGCAGAUGAAAGCGGCUCAUGGCAAAGCUAGGGAAGCCAUCUUCCAACAGAGAAAUCCAGUUUCUCCUGCGCUCCAGGGCCGAGCUCAAGAUUGUCUGAUUGACUUGCAUGGUCUUCAUGUGAGUGAAGCCAUUCAUAUUUUAAAGCAAGAACUGAGGAUCCUGAGGAACACUGCACGAUCUGCUGGGCAACAGCUUCAGGUCAUGAUAUGUGUUGGGACGGGCCACCAUACCAAGGGCUCGCGAACUCCUGCCAGGUUGCCAGUCGCCAUUGAGCAGUACCUUGUAGAGGAAGGCCUUCGCUACACCCAGCCUCAACCAGGAUUACUCCGGGUUGUGAUAUAUUGACACCUGUAAUGUAUACAAAAGGGGCACCCUCAGAAAAAAAAAAAGAAGAAAACACAAGAAAAGAAAACAGACACCAUUCUUGUAUCUGUGUAUGUAGAAUGAAGAGAGAGAGAGAUCGAGUCUCUGGCAACAAAAAGAGCAGUGUAAUAUUAUCAGGAGGUGCAUUCAAUUUACAUUUUGUAAAUAUCUCGGCUAGUUUCAGUGAAAUUCUCUUUCCCAACAA